AUGGAUGAGGAGAAAGCUGUCUCAAAGAUUGCCCGCUUACUCUCGUACUCGUGGACGAUGGGGUUCCUGCUGUGCAAGCUCAUCUACUACAUGCAGGCCGUCUCCUCCGUGUGCUCGGUGCUCACUCUCACCACAAUGAGCCUGGAAAGAUGCUACGCCAUCGUGUACCCGAUGAAGGCUAUCUACGUGUGCACUAUUAGCAAGGCGAAGAAAGCAGCUUUCGUCAUCUGGAUUUCGUCACUCAUCCUCGCAUCGCCGACGCUCGUGGUGCAGGUGCACAUGGAGGUUGGCCAUCGCGUGAAGGCCUUCUGGUGUGUGCGCAACUUCGACGCCCCCCUCCUGUGGCGCGGCUACGAGACCUACAUGCUGGUGCUGGUGCUGCUGGUGCCCGCCUGCGUCAUGGCCGCCGCCUACGCCGCCAUCUGUGCCUCUGUCGUGUCCAUGGUCGGCCAGAGGCGCUCCAUGACGGGCAAGGGACAGAUGGAAUCGGCCGAGGUGAGCGCGAACGGCGGCGGAGGCAUCGCGCAGGCGCCGACGCACCCUGAGGACAAGACCAUCAGGCAGGUGGUGCCAAUGCUGAUCGUGGUGGUGGUGCUGUUCAUCAUCUGCUGGGGCCCGCUGCUCAUCCUCAACAUGCUCAGGGCCUACGAGAUCGUGCCCAGCAUCAGCGUGAGCACCAAGUACGCCAGGACGGUGCUCGAUCUCCUGUCGUACUUCAAUAGCUGCAUGAACCCGGUCGUCUACGGCUUCAUGUCCCGCAACUUCCGCAAGGGAUUCAAGAGAGCGCUGUGCAACCUCGCUCGCCGCGACGACGGGAACCAGUCGCUGUCGCACUCGCACCACGCGCGCCCAGCCACCGCCAGGUAA